CUUUCAGUCUUCUGAGUGCCCUCAUCCUCCCCGUGCGCCUACCGCCUCUUACUCCACAUACGUAUUUGUCGCAAAGGUGCUCACAUAUGUCUUCCGAUCGCAAUACCGGUAGGAGCACACUGGAAUAGCACCAUUAGCGCCAAAUCAGUGGCUUAUAACAUGUGAUCUCCCUCUUGUUCCUUCCUUCUAUAUCAGCCUCGACUUCCUUGAUCGGCAUCUCUCUCCGAAGGUUAUUUUCAUAUAGCACUCAGUCUUACUCACUUACCUCACUUAUCUCACUUAUCAGAUCUUUUAGAAACAACCAGAUCCAUUCGUCAAGUACAAUAUGUACUCUUCCAAAUUCUUCGCUGUUGCGCUCGGCUUCCUGACUGUACUCCUAAACGCUGCACCGACUUCUCCAAAUCCCAACCUUAUGUCUAAGGAUUGGCGCCAUGUCCUCACCCCGGACAACUUCCUGGCGUCUACUAUCGAACCAGGCUCAUCAAUGGCCUCCGUUCUGGUCCCUGGCAUGGCGAGUGAUCCAAAUGUCCCUCAGAUCCGCGGUGAAGUUAGGAACCAUUGUUCUUUCUCUGUCUGGGCUCGUCUCUCAAUCUCCCCAGUCAGCUCUGGACCUAGCCACGAGAAAUGCGACAACCCCGGCGAAACCAGCAUGGUCGAAAUCAAGCCAGGCCAGAGGUACAAGGCGCCUUUUCCAUGCCAGAUGAAUCAGCGUAGUCACGUCAUCAAGGUCGCCUACCACCCAGCGGAUCUACGCGUCUACCAAAUUGAAUAUUCUGCGGACGGCCAUGAUGGCCGCAUGUGGUACAACCUUUCCGCUGAGGACGCCGCGCCUUUCCAAGAUGUUGAGCGCUAUCUGGGUGGCCGCGGCCCUACUUGCCCUCUCGUGCACUGUGCACCCGGCCAGUACGGUAAAGACCCGGUCCAUGGAUGCGAUUGGCCGCUCCAACCCUUGUGUGAUAGCCUGGGCAGUGUCGUCGCUGUCAUCUGUGGAAGGCUUUAGGGUCGCCGAGAUGAGGUCAGCAUUUGACGUUGGUUAUAGAUCUCCAGGAGAGCAUGUAAGUCAUAUGGAUGCCAUGAGGCAUAUGGAGCGUGUGGACUUUGGAUAUCAAGACGUUUCGAUAUACAUCAAUUUUGGCGAUGUAUGGACAUAUUGCAAAACAUUUCGAAUUGACACCUCAUGUGAACACCUGAAAACGUCGCCUUCUUGUUCUUGUUUUGGUACGUAACACUGCAGGUAUU